AUGAGAAAAUCAGAAUCAUCAGCAGGAAUUUUGAAGAACCAAAUGAAGGCUAUCAAUUGGCAGAAGUCUUGCUGUUGUGGCCUCUUUGAUCCGGGGUGGUCGUGGUGGAGAUCAUACCUGCCAGAUGCCAUACCUGAGGAAUCCCGCAACGAACGUGGAGGAGGGUCUAAGAGAGGCCCGUAUCAUCAAGGUGUGCCUAUUGUUACCGCAUGGAUUAUCCAUGUUGCGUACAAGCUCAAAAAGGCGUGUCAGACACUAGAGUCGCACAAUAUGGCACGGAUUAGUUUCCGAGCCCUCGAUUCGCAUUCGCAUAGGUGGAGUACGAAAGAAAGGGGUAAUCAUAAAAUUGAUGGUAGAAAAAAGAUGAGAAACACGUCAAUCAUCACUGCACAGCUUGGGAUGCCAACUGACAUGACAGGCCGGAAAGGCAGAAUGCUGUUCAAUGCGAAUAAAAAGUUGGCGCCGUGUGUCCCUCCCUAG